AUUGGCUGAGUCGCGGUGACACACGAUUUUUUACAACGCCUAGAAGCAACUUAUGAACACGAUAUUAUAAUUGGCUUUUUUCACUUCUUUCAUUGAUAACUUUUAAAAUAUGUCUGAUUUACAGUCUAUAAAGUAUGUUGUUGGAAUAGAUUUUGGAUCUACUGCUUCAGGGGUUUCUAUUGCUCAUGUAGACGACCCAUUUAAUAUUAUUACAGUUUUAACUUGGGAGGACUCGCAGAAACGCUCUCAAAAAUUCUAUUCGUCAAUUUUCUAUCCAAACGACGAUAACGAUCAUCCAUUGUAUGGUAUGAAGCGCGAAGACGUCGGCGAUAAAGGUGUUUACGUAGAUAAAAUUGGUCAAUACCUUGUGGAUUUAAAUGCUUCGGAUGAGAAACUUAACCAACUGAUGAACGGCUUGACUAUUAAAAAAGUCGUUACGGAUUAUUUGAAAUACUUUGUUGAACUUGCCCUCCAAAGAUUGAAGACUCAUGAUAAAGUUGUUAAAAAUACAAACUUCACAAAAUUUAUUAGUGAGGAUUUUACUGAUGAAGACAUUGAAACUGUUUGUUAUUGCGUCGUUUGUCCAACUUUUCGACAAGAAUUUAUUGAAGAAUGCUUCAUCGAGGCAAGAAUUAUCGAGAAAUCUGAAGCUAACCACCGGCUUUCAUUUAUCACCGAAGCGGUUGCUACUGCUCACCAUCAGCUCUCCCUUGAAAGAGGUGUGUCUAAGAUUCAAAAUGACCAAAAGUAUCUUGUUUGUGAUGUAGGCGAUAUCUCUAUUGGGUUAGCAAAAAUACACGCAGCUACUACUGAAUCUCUUAGUGUUGUUACAUCAAUUUAUGACGAUCUCACACAAGGCUCAAUAAAUCUGGAGACGAAUUUUAAAAAUCAUCUGAUAGAUAAUAUGGCAGAUUUGAAUUUGGAUAAUAUAUUGAUUGAUCAAUUUGUUGACAAGUUCUUAGAAAUAAAGUAUGCAUUUACCAUGGACACUCCGGACAUUGUUGCUAUCUCACUCGAUAAUUCCAAUGGGGAUACUGUUAAUUUUACUUAUGCUGAUCUCAACCGAAUUGUUUUCGAGCCAUUUGUCGAAAGCAUAACUGAUCUCAUAUCUAACGCGGAAGAAGCUAAUAAUCAAUGCGAUUUGUUUCUCUCCGGAAAGUAUGGUGCCGAUACACACUUUAUCGAGAGGCUUACAGCCAAAAAUGCGGGAGAGUUGACGUAUCACUAUCAUACUAUUGAUGAUAAACUUGAGAAGGUUUCCUCGGGCGCUGUCUCUUCAAUUUUAAACACCUGCAAAUCCCAAACACCCUUCUUUCUUAAUAAUGAGCACCGGUUCUUAUAUCCUGAUAAAGAAUGGUCAUUACCAGAAAAAGAUUUGGAGGAAUCUACUGAUAAUAACAAUGGAAAUGAUGCUUAUGACUUUAUUGUCGGAAUUGAUUUUGGUACCACUUUUUCUGGGUGUUCUUACGUCCAACUUAAAGAUAAGAAAGGCAAACCUAUAACUACAGAAAAUAUUAAGACCAUCAAAGAGAAUUGGCCAGGAGGCAAUCUACUUAAGUUCGGAAAAACCCCAACCUUGUUAAUGUACGAUAAGAAGAUGAAGCCAAAAUAUUGGGGUGAAGAAGCAAGAAUUCAAGCCAAACAUCAUAAGAACCUCAACCUUCUGGGAAAUUUCAAACUGUUUUUAUGUCCUGAAUCUUUAGAGAACUUUUAUGGCCACACUAAUGAUUUGGAAGAACUAAAAGAACAAGGAGGAUUCGGUGAUGAUGAAGCAUCAAAAACUGAAGUUCAUGCAGUCAAAGUUAUUGCUAGUUACCUCAAGCUUUUCAAAAAUCAUAUCAUUGAGCACAUCGUUUCGAAAGAAAUGGACGAAAGCUUCAGCUAUUUUACCAGGUCAAAGCUUUUGAAAAAAUACAAGAUGCGAUAUGUGAUUACUGUACCUGCUAUGUGGAAUUCAUCGGCCCGUGAUACCAUGGCACAAGCUGCAAUCGAAGCCUCGAUAAUUAAAAAAAACGAAAUUAACCAGCUUCUUAUAAUCAGUGAACCCGAGGCAGCAGCAUUGUUCUGUGAGAAGAGAUUCACCAAAUAUUUUAAAAAGGUAGAAGAGACAAUGGACAAUACGAACUUUAUUGUAUGUGAUGCUGGUGGAGGUACUGUAGAUCUGGUUACUUUUAAUUUACAGCUGAACAAGAAAGAUGGCGAUACACCUACCACAGACCCGAUGAUUUGUCAAAUUGGCGACGGUAUUGGUGAUACUUGUGGUUCAACGUAUCUUGACGUAAGAUUUAAAAACUACCUCUUUGAAUUUUAUAAAAAGUUUGGAGUGAACAUAGACAGAGAAAAUGUCCCCCUUGACGACGUCAUGCGUGAUUUUGUAACAAAUCAUAAGCCUGAUUUCAUGCCUAAUUUGCAAGGCGACACUUAUUACGACAUCAAUUUGCCUGGAAGAGGGAUUAUAAACUUUACCGGAGAUUCUACUUACAGAAUGGCUAACGGGAAUAAGACGCUGAAAAUGAAGAACCAAGAUAUGAAAGAGGAAAUAUUUGACCCUAUUGUUAACCGCAUUUUUGCCCUCAUUGAUGAUCAAUUUAAGCAGGCAGAGAAAAUAGAGAGUACAAUUGAUGCAAUUUUGAUGGUUGGUGGCUUUUCCCAAUCCAAAUACCUGCAGCAACGCAUUAAAGACCAGUAUAAAGGUGUCUGUCAUGUCAGCGUUCCCUUCGAAGGUGUCACUGCUAUAUCUCAUGGCGCUGUUUCUUACGCUUUGAAUCCCCGUAUGAUAUCAAAAAAAUCUGCCGGACAAUCCCUUGGGUUAGAAGUACAAGCCCCUUUCUAUAAAGAAUUGGCCAAUUCAUUAGAGAAAAAAGUUAUUGGUCCAAAUGGAGUUGCUUUUGAAAGAGGUUGCUUAGAGUACUUUGUGGAAAAAAAUCAACCACUGGAAGGCGAGCGACGAAAAAUAUAUCAGAAAGAUGUAUUUGUUCAAUACCCCAACGCUGCAAUUAUAGCAAUCUUCUCUUGUGACUCUAAAACAGGUGCUAACAAUAGAUAUGUGACUACCAAUCACGUUAAGAUCAUGGAAGCCAAAAUCAUCAUGCCGUCUGUCAACAAGAGAGAUGGAGACCUGGUCAAAUUCAAAGUUAGUCUUAAAAUGGAACAUAUCGGAGUCAGUGUCACUAUUGAAUGUCAAGAUCCAGUAAUCAAUGAAGAGGUUAAACGAAUUACCAACAAUUCAAAGGCUUCUUUAAAAAUCAAGCCCAAAUGCAACCUCAACGUGGCAAACUCUAAGCAGUCAUUGAUUUCGUAUUCUUUGGCAAAAACUGGCUAUUUGUUUAAUAUUCGGGAAACUACAAUUUCAAAUUAAAUAACAUGAGCUGGGUUGUUAGUAUGAAGUCAAAUAAACUAGUACUUUUUAUUUUAAACGAUUGUUCGCAUAUUAUAUCUUGAGGCUUAGCAAUAUCCAGUUGCUACAAAAGAUCACAAAAAAAAAAAAAAAAAAAUGCAGUACUUGUGAUGGAAUAGUGAAAUAUAUAAAAGUAUAAAAAGAAAUAAAUGUCUGUUACUCAUAACAA